CCAUACACAGAAAUGAAAUAUUGGAUUUUACCUUUUGUAAUUUUUAAUUUUCACUAUAGUAUUGUGUUUGCAUUUCGUGUUACAUUCGAUAAUAUAACAUUUAUAAUAAGUAAUGUUGAACCAUUUAAAGACAGUACAGUAUUUCACAAAGAUUAUCCUGAUAAAUGUUACUAUAGUCCUACUGGUCAUACUUGGAAUGUAGGUGAUCAUUGGAGUCCAAAAGGAAAAUGUUGGGUAGCAAGAUGUGUUAAGCCAGGUGUUGCAAUUGUAUUUUAUUGCGGUAAUGUUAGCCCAGCUAAUGAUGGUCAUUCAAAUAAAUAUUGUCAAAGUAUUGGAAUGAAUAUUGAACGUCCUUAUCCAAGAUGUUGUAAUCGUUAUUUAUGUAAAAGUUUAAAUUCACGUCCAUAUAUAUAUAAUCCAGUUGUAGCCGGUGGGGGACGUGAAAUACCAAAUUUUAAAGCAUUAAAAUAUUCUAAAUUAAAAAAACCAUCUUAUAAAAUUAUAUUGACUUCUGAUGACACAUGUAAAAUAAGUAGAAUUUAAAAAUAGUGAUUUUAUAUAUGACGUUAUGCAUUGCAUUUAAAAAUUCUAUAAUUCAAAUUUAUUGUUUUUUUUUUUAUAUUUAACAUGUUACUGUUAAUUACAAUGUUACCAUGAAUUUAAAGAAAUAAAUAUUAUUUGUU